GUGAUCAGCGGCCUCCUGCGUUUCUGGCCUCGCACGCACAGCCCUAAGGAGGUCAUGUUCCUGAAUGAGUUGGAGGAGAUCCUGGAUGUCAUUGAGCCGGCGGAGUUCAGUAAAGUCAUGGAGCCGCUCUUCCGGCAGAUUGCACAAUGCGUGUCCAGUCCGCACUUUCAGGUUGCGGAGCGGGCCCUAUACUACUGGAACAACGAAUACAUCCUCAGCCUGAUGAGUGACAACGCUGCCCAGAUUCUGCCCAUCAUGUUCCCGUCCCUCUACCGCAACUCCAAGAACCACUGGAACAAGUGA